CAAUGGUGGCAAGGGAUACCGGCCUGUCACUUCCACUUUCGAAUGUCAAGUCUUCAAGAUGGAUCAAUCUUCGUUAGAUUCUAUAGCAAACAAUUUGGACAUCAAAUACCAAGUCACUGACAACGUAGCUGCUAGGAAAUCAUAUAUAGCCAAAGUGAUACUAACAAAUACAGGUGACGUGCCUUUAAAGGGGAAUGGAAAGUGGGCCAUCUACUUUUGUCACAUUCGCAUGGUGGAACCCCUGACACUUCCAGAUGCUGAUCAGAUAUGUAUGGAAAAGUAUGGUGUCAAGUUUUGUCAUAUCAAUGGAUGUCUUUUUACAUUGGAGCCAUUAAAAUCAUUCAAAACUUUAAAGAAAAAUGAUAGUCUAGAGAUCACUUUUACAGCUGAAUACUACUCUGUUGCUAGAUCAGAUUUGAUGCCAAACUGGUACAUAACAUGCAAAGAUCUGAUACCAAGAAUAAUCCAGAGUACGCAAGGAGAAGACCUUAACUACAUUUUACCAUUUGACACUCCAGAAAGCUGGAAAAGGCAUAAAUGGGACAAAUACGAUCCAUUUAGUCAAGAAGUAAGGUAUGAGAAAAACCACGUGGAUGAUUUGGGCAAGGCUGGAAGUCUUGUGACACCUAUACCUUAUCGCCUCACAGUGGUCAGUGAUGGGACAUUAGACCUCUCCAAACAGUCCUGGUGCAUAGUAGCCAAUCAGGAGGUGAUGGAAGAAGCCCAAUUUCUUAAGGAAAAAUCAGAUUCAAUUAAACUUAAUCUUCAAAACAACCAGGAUCUGAAACUUGAACAGAACCAUGUGAUCGUGUUAAAAAUUGGUCCAGUCACAGUAAACAGUGAAGAAUGCAAGGAAAGUGAUAAGCUAGAUGCUUAUGAAUUGAUUGUUAAACUUGAAGAAGAAGUAAUAGAAGUCAUUGGAAGUUCUGCAGUCGGAGUGUUUUAUGGUGUUCAGACUGUGCUUUCUUUACUGGAAGGAUGUGAGGUGCCUCAUGUUCACAUCCUAGACUUUCCCAGGUACUCUUAUCGAGGAAUGCAUUUAGAUGUAUCACGCAACUUCCAUAAAAAGGAGUCGGUACUCAAACUGCUGGAGGUCAUGGCCAUGUACAAGAUGAACAAGUUCCAUUUCCAUCUGACUGACGAUGAAGGAUGGCGUCUGGAAAUCCCAGGGCUGGAGGAACUGACUUCCGUUGGAAGUCGCAGAGGUCAUGACCUUGAGGAGAAGACAUGUAUCUUACCCAUGCUUGGAUCGGGCCCUAACUUUGACACCUCAGGUUCCGGUUAUUAUUCUGUAGAAGAUUACAAGGAAAUACUCCAAUUUGCCAAACGACGUCACAUUGAGGUCAUUCCAGAGAUCGACAUGCCAGGUCACAGUCACGCUGCAAUCAAGGCAAUGCAGGCACGGUAUUGCCGUUUCCAAGAGGUCAAUGAUGUUGAGUCAGCAAGGGAAUAUCUCCUAACAGACUUCCAUGACAGUGAGAGUGUUACUACGUCAGUUCAAAUGUAUUCAGAAAAUUCCAUGAAUCCGGGUUUAGAUUCUACCUAUAAAUUUGUAGACAAAAUUGUGAAAGAGGUAAAGGAUAUGCACGCUGAAAUCAUGCCCUUGAAGACAUUUCACUUUGGGGGAGAUGAGGUACCAUAUAAAGCCUGGAAAAAGUCUGCUGCCUGUGAAAAACUUAUUGAGAAUGGAGACGUGGAGUCCUUUGAUAAGCUCAUGGAACACUUUGUUAAAAGGCUUGCAGAGGUGGUGGCUAAGCAUGAUUUGUCACUUGGUGCUUGGCAGGAUGGUCUCAUCCACAGUGGGAUUACACCUGUAGAAAGGACUAAGUUUCCUAACGAGGAAGUACUGGCUUAUGCAUGGCAAAAUGUAUGGGAAUCUGGUCUUGCUGGAUUUGCCUACAAGCUGGCCAAUGCUGGUUACAAGGUGGUGAUGUCUCAGGCAACCCACUUAUACUUCGACCACCCAUAUGAGCCAGACCCAGAGGAGGUAGGAUUGUAUUGGGCAACCAGAUACAUAGAUACAAGGAAAACAUUCAACUUCAUGCCAGACAACAUCUUUGCCAAUGCUGAUGUGAAACUGACUGGUAAGGCGCUCUCCAGGGAGGACAUUGAAAAAUGUAACGAAGACAAUGACAUACUGACUGAAAAGCAAAAUGUGAUAGGUAUGCAAGGACAGCUAUGGAGUGAGCUUGUACGUACCUCCGACGUCCUCGACUCGAUGAUCCAUCCACGUCUUCAGGCGCUGGCUGAACGAGCUUGGCACAAAGCACCAUGGGAAGAAAUCGGUGAUGUGAAUAAACUUAAAAAAGACCAAACUGCAGACUGGACAAUGUUUUCGAACUCUCUGGGGUACAAAGAGCUGCGUAGGCUGGAUAAAAUGGGCGUGGCCUACCACAUCCCUCCCCCUGGUGCAAGAGUUGAAGGUGACAAAUUACAUGUGAUAUCAGCCUACCCUGGAUUACCGCUGUGUUACAGCACAGACAACGGCACUACCUGGCUAGACGUGGAAGAGAGCGUCCAGGUCAAACCAGGAGACAAAAUAAUCAUUGUAUGCAAAUCUGCAGACAAGUUAAGGUCCAGUCGAAGGAUGACGCUAACUGUUCCUGGUGCCAGCCUUUCAAAGUGAUGUGAUAAAGGAUGUAUCAUUCAGACAUAAUUCUCUAUAUUUUACUGGCCUUAAAUUCUGUGUAUGACAUUGUGCUGAAUAUGACCAUGGUAAAAUUGUGUGUAUGACAUUAUUGUUACAGUACUAAACAUAUCAUGGUAAAAUUGUGUGUAUGACAUUAUUGUACUAAACAUAUCAUGGUAAAAUCCUGUGUAUGACAUUGUACUAAACAUAUCAUGGUAAAAUUGUGUGUAUGACAUUGUACUAAACAUAUCAUGGUAAAAUCGUGUGUAUAACAUUGUACUAAACAUAUCAUGGUAAAAUCCUGUGUAUGACAUUGUACUAAACAUAUCAUGGUAAAAUCCUGUGUAUGACAUUGUACUAAACAUAUCAUGGUGAAAUCCUGUGUAUAACAUUGUGCUGAACAUGAUCAUGGUAAAAUCCUGUGUAUAACAUUGUGCUGAACAUGAUCAUGGUAAAAUCGUGUGUAUAACAUUGUACUAAACAUAUCAUGGUAAAAUCGUGUGUAUGACAUUAUUGUACUAAACAUAUCAUGGUAAAAUCCUGUGUAUGACAUUGUACUAAACAUAUCAUGGUAAAAUUGUGUGUAUAACAUUGUACUAAACAUAUCAUGGUAAAAUCCUGUGUAUGACAUUGUACUAAACAUAUCAUGGUAAAAUCGUGUGUAUAACAUUGUACUAAACAUAUCAUGGUAAAAUUGUGUGUAUAACAUUGUACUAAACAUAUCAUGGUAAAAUCCUGUGUAUGACAUUGUACUAAACAUAUCAUGGUAAAAUUGUGUGUAUAACAUUGUACUAAACAUAUCAUGGUAAAAUCCUGUGUAUGACAUUGUACUAAACAUAUCAUGGUAAAAUUGUGUGUAUAACAUUGUACUAAACAUAUCAUGGUAAAAUCCUGUGUAUGACAUUGUACUAAACAUAUCAUGGUAAAAUUGUGUGUAUAACAUUGUACUAAACAUAUCAUGGUAAAAUUGUGUGUAUAACAUUGUACUAAACAUAUCAUGGUAAAAUCCUGUGUAUGACAUUGUACUAAACAUAUCAUGGUAAAAUCCUGUGUAUGACAUUGUGCUGAACAUGAUCAUGGUAAAAUCCUGUGUAUGACAUUGUGCUGAACAUGAUCAUGGUAAAAUCCUGUGUUACUCCUUGUACAACAUUGUGCUUGUGACACAAUUAUUUGUUUAAGAUUGUGCUAACUUUUAAUCUAUUACUAUCAAACUCUCUGCUGAUCCCCUUCUAUAGAAAUAUAUCCUAGGUAAAUUGUGUGUCUACAUUGCUGUGUGAUUGUUCUGAGCAGUAUGUCCUUUAUCAUGCUAGUCCAAGCUAGAACCACUAUUAUCUUAUAGACAUUAAUGGGAUUUGGCCAUGCAUGUCGUAAACAGUGUACUAGUAAGAUAUAUCAGCCAAUCAUAUUGUAUUCUUAGCAAAAAACAAGUUAUGAAAGAGUCAUGGAAUUUGUUAAGGCAAUGUUUUUUUUGUUCAUUGGAACUUUUGUUAAUCUAGACUCCAUUUUUCUAGUUAUGUACCAUCCAAACCAGUGAUUUGAGGGAUUGUUUCAGUUGAUUUCAUAUUCAGUAACAUAAUCUGCCUUAACAAAAAAUUUAAAUGAGUUACUGUUUCCAUGACGAUCGAGUUUGGUUUAAUUCUGAAUUUCUUUUUUGAUGGAUUUUGAACUGAUGUUGUUCGAUGACUAUAUUACUUUGUGAGCAUUCUUGGUGCAAUAACAGAAAAGAUGCAUUGAUAUAUAUUGUGUGUAAUGUAUCACAUUGAUACAAAUUAUACUUUUGUAUAUGUAGACGAUUCUGUAGAUAAAGGUUUCACAGUUUUGAAUUUUUGGAAUUUUAGUUACAUUGACAUUUAAAUACCACACUUAUUCUAAAGUAGUUUUUUUUAGUUUUUUUUAAAUUAAUAUAUGAAAUGUAUCUACAAUGUAGACAGUUGUCGUGUACAUAAAUGUAUUUUAGUUAUCAAUUAAUUUCCUGCUAAUUUAAUUAUAAUGCAAUAUAAUAUGUAUCAUAACUUAUUUUAAGUUGAAAUACAUUUGGAAAGUACUAUAUGAAUACCUGGUAAGUGACAUUAUCAAUCCACAAGUACAGUGCAGAAAAUAGUCUUAUAACUGAGUGUAGAGGGUUUUGAAAAUGAAAAUUGUUCUUUCCUUGGCUCUGGAAUCUUGAACAAUUUAGGGAAAUUUUAGGUGAUUGAUCUUGUAAUCAGUUUUCAACAAUCAAACAAUUAUGACAAUUUCUCAUAUACAAAUAUAUUUUUCACAGUGUAUGUAAACAUUAAAUACAUUUUCAAGUAAAUUGAAUUUUUAUGAUUUAAAAAAUCUCCAGAUCAGUUCCUACAAAAACAUCCUACUAUACUGUAUCAUGUUUGCGGUAUGUGUUGUACACAAUGAGCUCUACACUAGUGCUUUCUCUCAGGUUUUACAGACCUGUAUAUGAUGUUUUCUGAUGUUAGGUUAAUCUCAAACUUUGAAAAUAUGUUGAAAAUUGAAUGUUCAUGUCAUAUUUAAUUGAAUAGACAUGUAAAAUGGAAUCCAUAUUGUAUUAAGAAGCUGUUGCAGCUCAGUUUUGUGGAGAGUGAUUGAAUUCCAUGGCUUUACAGGACAGUCUGAGAUCUUAAUCUCCUAAAAACUUACAACACAAACCCCCACGGACAGGGAAAACUUUGCUUUGGUAUUUAUCUGAGAAUGUAUUGAUCUGACUGAGCUAUCUAUUUAAGGCCCUGAUGGAAGUCUGUUAAAAUGGUAACGAUACAAAUUUAAAAUAGGAUUUCAGUAAUACAUGUGUCAGAGUGAAAAUUUUGUUUACCAGGUAAUCAAUUCAAUUCAACAUACAAAAAAAAUGUAUGUACAUUAAUUUAGUUCAUUUUAUAAACAAUCAAAUUUAUAAACUGUUACAAUGUAUAGGUAUACGAGAACACACAUAAUAUCUACAUUUUGUUUUUAUGCCAGAAUUACUGUUUUAUCCAUGAUAUCCAGUUAUAAAGUCCCUAACAGUACAUGUUCUGACUGCCUGCCCAAUACAAACAAUUCUAUUUAUAUGAAGAAUUUACUCACAGCUACAAUGUAGUAUGUUUUAAGAGCAUAAUUAUACAUUUGUAUAAAUGAACAUAAGAUGGUACAUAUAUUCUAGCAGAGACUUGUAUGGUAUAUACGUCUCUGAUUCUAGGCUCCCAAUUAUUAUCCUAUAAUAGUAUAGUAAGCAAUUAGCUUUUAAGGUCAAGGCAUAUUGUGUAUAAUGUAAAUAAUAGGUAUAUUAUGUAUAUGUGGUUACCCCCACCGAUAUGAUUACCAUGGUAGUAAUCCUACAAUAAGAGCUUUUAUUUUGACCUCAUAUAUAUAUAUAUGUAUAGAUAGUCAAGUUCAAACACUUUGUAUGAAUUUGUUAUAUUCACUAAACUUUACCAUAUUGCUAGUGAUUUGUUAUAUAUUGUACAUGGAAUAUGGGUCAAAUCAAAGUCCUUUAUGUCACUAUAACUAUAUACAAUGUACUUAUCGCACAACCAGAACUUUUUUUCUGAAAUUAUUUUUCAAAGGUCACCAGCCCACAUUGAUUUUAUAAUCAGAAAUGUGCAAACUACUCAAAAGGCCACUGUUAUCAAGUAUUCUCACUAGAUAACAAUGAGAAUGGCAUCAAGUAUUCUCACUAAAUAACAAAAAGAAUGUCAUCAAGUAUUCUCACUAAAUAACAAAUAAAAUGUCAUUAAACAAGCAUCUACACUAACUAGGUUAUAGAUCAAGAGGCAUCUGUUCAUGAAGAAAUGUUAUUGGCUGCCUAGACAAAAGAUCAAGGGGCAAAUUAUUAAUGAGAAAACAACUAUUGGAUAUCUAGACAACAGGUCAAGGGUCACAUAAUGGAGCCCUAUCAUUGGCUAUCUAGGCAAGAGGACAUGGAUCACAAAAUAGAGCCAUAUCAUUGGUUGUCUAGAUAACAGGUCAAGAGUACUAGUCACAAUCGAGCCUGUACAAUUGGCUGUAGGCCGAAUGGAAACAAAAGAUGAUUCUGUUUUGUUUUUGAACCCAGUAUUAAAAUGUAUCUUGUCUGCCCUAAGAGCAAGUUAGCUUAUGUAUGGGAUGGAUAACAUCGGGGUUAGGGUUAGCAUUAGUCCACGGAUGAUGCCAUAUGACAUAUGUAAAAAUACCUUGAUUCAUAUCCAAGGACAUAAGGGUCAGCCUUGUCAACACAUGACUUCCAAGUAACUGCUAUACUCAAAACACAAUAUUUGGUUCGAGAGUUGCUUGGGAGAAAAACCAUUUGCAUCAAAGAAAAUGCUCUUAACCCCACAUUCAAGAUCAGAGAUAAAGUUUUUGGAAACUUUCAAGUGACUAUACUGACAAAAUUAUGGCCUGUACGUUUCUCCAUACAAUACAAACAAGUUUGUUGUGAAAAUAGUGAUGAUUUGUUAAAGGCUACAAUCUAGACUCGCCUUGAUCCUCAUUGUUGUUCACAAAUACAAAUAUAAAGUAUGCUUGUGAACAGCAUGAAAUACAAAGUGGUGAGCAAUGCUGGCCCAUUGGGCAUGUAGUAAAAUUACUGUUAAAUGGAGCCGUUGUGUAUGUGUAUACAUGUAGUUAACUUAUAAUUAUUAACUAUGAAAGCUGUUUAUGAUACAUAUGUAAUAAAGUAAUGAGCAUA